AUGCGGAAGAUGCUCAAACGAGAUGCUACUGAGCUUGGGAGCCCCGACGAGGUGCCCAUCGCGAAAAGGCAGAGGGUAUCUCUCUCCAGAACGCAUGAGCUAAGUGAGGAGCAUUCUCAAGAUUUUCUCAAAUAUAUGGAGCACGUAGAGGCCGAGACGAUGCUCGACAUGAGGCGCUUCCCGGAUGGAAUAAGAGAAAUGAGACCGGACAUCGUCCUACAUCUCCAAGUGGCUCAUGCUAUGCUUGGCCUACUUCCAGAAACGCUGUUUUUAUCGGUCAACAUUGUCGACAGGUUCUGCUGUGAACAAAGCUUCUGUGGGGAGGCAUACUACAAAUUGAUCGGCUGUACUGCCUUAUGGAUUGCGUCCAAGUACAUUGAAGAAAAGGGGCGGGUGCCAUCUCUCGAGCGGCUUUUGCAUUUCAUUCCCGAAGGGUAUUAUCGAGACGAGAGGUUCUUCAUCC